AUGGUCUUAGGUCUAACUGCUCCGAUUCUAGGAUCUAUAAACAAUAGCCCUUCUUCUCUUUUCGGCGCAUCCAUUAUCAAGAAGAAUGAAGGCAGUAGUGGGUUUCCUCCAAAGCAGGAGGUUUCAGUAGAAACAGGAGAAGAGAACGAGAAAGUUGCAUUCUCAGCUGAUUCGAUCAUGUUUGAGUUUCUAGACGGAGGAUGGAGAGAGCGUGGUAAAGGAGAAGUCAAGGUAAACGUCUCAAGCAACGGUGGUAAAGCUAGGUUGGUCAUGAGAGCUAAAGGGAACUACAGGUUGAUCUUAAACGCGAGCCUCUACCCUGAAAUGAAACUUGUGAGCAUGGACAAAAAAGGAAUCACAUUCGCCUGUGUGAAUAGUGAAGGCAGAGAUGGUCUCUCUACAUUUGCACUCAAGUUUAAAGACCCAACGAUCCUGGAAGAGUUUCGUGUAGCUGUUGACAAACAUAAGGGCAGUAAAACAUUGAAACAGCUCCGGCUUUGA